GGUCUGCGCCUGCGCGAUGGGCGCCUGCGCGUGCGUGACUUAGUCGGCUCGCUAUGCCUCCACUCUUCUUCCGCUGGGGUCUAGCAAGCGACCAAAUUCUGGCCGUGCCGGCAAAACUCUUCUCCCGGAGAAAAGCAACCCUUGUCACCCUCCAUCCGACACCCCAGGAUGGGCAGAGAGCAGUACACCGGAUCCCCCUCCAGUACGCUAGGGAACAGAGACGACACCGUGUACUCACCAUGAGUCUUGACAUCCGCUGCGAGCAGCUGAAUGAUGCGAGGUGGAUAGAGCUUCUGCCUUUGAUCCAGCAGCACCAAGUGGUCAGGCUGGAGGACUGUGGUCUCACAGAGGGACGGUGCAAAGACAUCAGCACUGCGCUGCGGGCCAACUCGGCCCUGACAGAGCUCAGCUUGCGCACCAAUGAGCUGGGGGACGCCGGUGUGUGCCUGGUGCUGCAAGGCCUGCAGAGCUCCACAUGCAAGGUCCAGAAUCUCAGCCUGCAGAACUGUGGCCUGUCGGAGACUGGCUGCCAUGUGCUGGCCAGUGUGUUGCGCUGUACUCCCACCCUGCGAGAGCUGCAUCUCAGCGACAACCCCCUGGGAGAUACAGGCCUGAGGCUGCUCUCCGAGGGACUCCUGGACCCCCAGAGCUGCCUGGAGAAGCUGGAGCUGGAGUCCUGCAACCUCUCGGCUGCUAGCUGUGAGCCUCUGGCCGCUAUACUGAGGGCCAAACCCAACUUCAAGGAGUUGGUGUUGAGCAACAAUUGCAUCCAGGAGGCUGGCAUCCGUGUGCUCUGCGGGGGCCUGAAGGACUCUACCUGUCUGCUAGAGAUGCUCAGGCUAGAUAACUGUGGUGUCACAUCAGCCAACUGCAAAGAUCUAGGUGAUGUUGUAGCUGCCAAGCCCUCCCUGCAGGAGCUGGACCUGGGCGGCAACAGGCUGGGUGAUGUGGGCAUCGUAGCACUGUGCCCAGGGCUGCUGCACCCCAACUCCAGGCUCAGGAAGCUGUGGCUCUGGGAGUGUGACAUCACUGCUGAGGGCUGCAGGGACCUGUGCCAGGUUCUCAGGGCCAAGCAGAGCCUGAAGGCGCUCAGCCUAAUGCUCAACGAGCUGGGGAACGAGGGUGCCCGGCUGCUAUGUGAGGCCUUGCAGGAGCCCAGCUGCCAGCUGGAGUGUCUGUGGGUGAGGGUCUGCAGCCUCACAGACACCUGCUGCCCCCACUUUCGCGUGAUGCUGGCACAGAACAAGUUUCUCACGGAGCUACAGUUGGGUGAGAACAAGUUGGGUGACACCGGCGUGCAGGAGCUCUGUGAGGGCCUAGGCCAGCCGGGUUCUGUGCUGCGGGUGCUCGGGCUAGGGGACUGUGACUUGACUGACAAUAGCUGCAGCAACCUGGCCUCAGUCCUGUUGGCCAGCUGCAGCCUGCGGGAGCUGGACCUCAGCAACAAUGGCCUGGGGGACCCAGGCGUCUUGCAGCUGGUGGAGAGCCUCCGGCAGCCCGGCUGCAUACUGGAGUGCCUGCUCCUCUUCGAUGUCUACCUGAGUGAUGGGGUGAAUGACCAGCUGCAGGCUCUGGAGGAGGAGAAGCCGUCCCUGAGGAUCAUCUCUUGAGGCCCCCCUUUUGCAGGCACCCAGAAUCUGUUCCCUGGACAUCAAGUCUGGUCCAUACCACUAACCAGCUCCCUGGGGCCUCCUCCAUGGAUGUUCUGGCAGUGAUUGGAUAGAUAUACUGUGCAAUCUACUUUUUAUGAUUAUUAAAGGGCUUUGUUGUCAGAUAGGGUCCUGUCUUUCCUUGUGGUCCCUGGGCAGCUCUGUGUGCACCCUCUGGCUUAACAGAUCAGUAGUGCAUCAGCUUGCAGCACCACGUCGUCCUGCUGAGACCAGUUCAAGUCCCCAUGGAUGUGGCUCCCACAAGGACUGUGAGCUCCUGGGGCUGCCACAGCCCACGGGUAGCAAGACAGGUCUUCCAGUGACCUGUCACCUUUGCCACAUGUCUCUAGACAGGAAGCAUAUGUCCUGCCCACUCUGGGCAGUGCCCAGCGUAAUUCUGAAGGACAGUUCCAUACACUGAAAUCUAAGAGGGCUGGAAUCAAGGCCCAGGGUUCCACCUGUCACGCUCACACACAAUCUCAAUCCCAACAUUCACCAUCUCUAAAGAUAAAACCUCCAGUGUUGAAAUCCUGAAAUCUGAAACCUCCAAAGUAGCAUUCUCUGAAAAGGAAGGCUGAGGGAAGGAUAGAAUGCAAAAUUCUAGACUGUGGGUGUCCAAACUUUUGGCUUACCAGGGUCACACUGAGUGAAGAGGAACUUUUCUUGGGCAACAUAGAAAAUACACAAUACAGUUAAUAUAUAGGAGUAACAAAAUUUCCUUUAUUCUUUUUUGUUUUUGUUUUUUUGGAUUUUUGAAA